AUGGCCGUCUGGGGCCCCUGGGUGACGAGGGACUUCACAUGUUGGCUUCCGCCGGGAACGUUGAUUCGCGCCUUGGCCGUCUUUGACCUUGGCUUCCUGAAUCACCGAAACUCCGUCUUCGUGGCAGCCGUCAUUGCAUCCGUCAUCUUGGAUGUCGCGCGCAAUGCGACGGUGUGGUGUUCGAUUUUGGGAAUCCUUGGCAACAAGUGGUAUGCGCUGAAGGGAGGCUACCUCUGCAUGGUUGUCGUGGCCCUCAGUUCAGCGGCUUCCCCCCUGGUAACCAACGAAAUCUCCAUGCUGGUCACCGGCGUGUCCUUGCUUCGCUCAUCGCACACGCUGCAGAGUACGGCGUCGCGGGGUUCCAUGGGCCAGGCCGUGGCCUCUGCUGUGCUCCCGCUGGCUGCUGCAGCGUACGCCUUUCAGCUCUUGGCGAUGCGUUACUUCAACGCAGACACGGUGAGCUACAAGGGGCACGGAUCACGACAGGCAGACGGGAAUGAGUUCGGCACGGAGGUGUCUUCUGUGCGGCUUGUCGUGAAAGACAUGAAGAGGAAGCGCAGAGAGAAGGUGAGGCAACUCCUGAACAACAACAGCCAAAGUUUCGAUGUUGGCACGCAGCGCGCGUGGUUUUCGAACAUCUUUUUCAGUCCAACCUCACCAGUGAGCCCGGGUCAGUCGAAUCCGCAGUUCGAGCUCCCCUCCAACUUGAACCCUGCAGUGGCGGAUGAACGGCCGGCGGCUGUGGUGGAGUAUAGCGAGUCCUGGGGAAAAGUUCUGGAGGGCUACAUGGAGGGCAAGAGCAUCGAGGAGCGACGGAAGUUUCGGAAGUCCGGGUGCGUGACAGCUUACGAGUACGUCAUCGUGGACUGCCACAACAAAGUGGUGCCACUUUUCCAGACCUCCGUGACCCCUCCGAAAGAGGAUUUUCCAUUGAGGGUGAUGCGCAAGGCUGGGGCACUACAUGAUUACUUUAUGUACUACAAUUUCGACUAUAACAUAUGA